AAUACUACAGUCAAGAAAGUAGCUCCAAUUAUUGCACGUUUAUUAUUACUUUUUUAUUUGUUGUCAAAAUACGUAUACAUCAUUUAUGUGUUGUAUAUCUUUAUUUUUUCAUUAUCAUUAAUAUGCAUAUGUUGAUAAACCUUUAAGUAUUGAUAAAAACACUCAACACAUUUUAAACUGAAUAAAUAAUAUAAUAAAUAUGGAUAACACUUCAACUGAUGAAUUGGAACAAGAAGAAUUAAAUCUUUCCAGUAGUUUAGUUGAAGAACAAUCCCAUGAAUCUCAGGAAGAAAAUGAAGAAACACCGAGAGCUGAGGAAGAACAUAAAGAAAAACUUUUAAAAUUACCUGUUGGUCGAGUGAAAAUCAUUGCAAAAAUGGAUUCUGAUGUUAAUUUGAUUAAUCAAGAAGCUCUUUUUUUAAUUACCAAAUCAACGGAAUUAUUUAUUGAUUCACUUGCCAAAGAAGCCUAUAAGUAUACAGUACAAGCAAGGAAGAAGAUAUUACAAAAAAGAGAUAUACAUCAAGCAAUAGAUAAUAUCGAUGCUUUAGCAUUUUUAGAAGGAAUGCUUGAACAAAUAACAUGAAUAUUUGAGUGAAAAUAAUAAAAAUUCUAUCAUAUUUAAUCAUAUUAUUUAAGAUAUUAUCAUAUUCAGUUUUCUCAGGAUAAAAAUAAUAAAUACAUUUUAU